AAAAAAAAAAAACCCUAAUCUUUGCUUGUAAUUGUUUGCCUAAAAAUCAAAUCCCAUUUCUCUCAUAGAACAGUUCUUCAUUAUUAUUUUAUUCUUUUAAUUUCCAAUAAAGAACAAAACCCAAAUUAUGCACAGCACUAAACCCCACCAUCCACACUUCCACUCCACUCCCUAUCUUAGCCCAUUUUCCGACAUGUCCAACGUCAUCGUCCUCGACAACGGUGGCGGUUCCAUAAAAGCCGGCCAUGGCGGCGAACGUGAUCCUUCCACUGUAAUCCCCAACUGUCUCUACCGUCCUCUCUCCUCCAAGAAAUUUCUUCAUCCAUCUCCCACAACAGCUGACUCUACUGAAGACCUAACCUCCGCCGCCGUCCGCCGUCCAAUUGACCGCGGCUACCUUAUAAACCCGGACCUCCAGCGGGAUAUCUGGAACCACCUCUUUACCUCUCUUCUCCACAUUGCUCCUUCCAAUCACUCCCUUCUCUUGACUGAACCUCUCUUCACUCUCCCUUCAAUCCAGCGUGCCACAGACGAGCUUGUCUUCGAGGACUUUGGUUUCAAGUCUCUCUUCAUCACCGACUCGCCCAAUCUAGUUCAUCUUUACGAGGCGAGUAGAAGGCCUGAUGGGUUGGUGUCCAAAGCCCAGUGCAGUCUGGUAGUGGAUUGUGGGUUCUCAUUCACUCAUGCUGCUCCUGUUUUCCAGAACUUCACGCUUAAUUACGGAGCUAAGAGGAUUGAUUUGGGUGGUAAAGCGCUAACGAAUUACUUGAAGGAGUUGGUUUCUUAUCGCUCGGUGAAUGUGAUGGACGAGAGUUUUCUUAUAGAUGAUAUGAAAGAGAAACUUUGCUUCGUUUCCCUUGAUAUUGCUCGCGAUUUGCAGGUUGCCAGAAAACGUGGGAAGGACAAUCUCUUGCGCUGUACUUAUGUUCUCCCUGAUGGCAUCACCCACACUAAGGGUUUUGUGAAGGACCCAGAUGAAGCAAAGAGAUACCUCACUAUGACUGGUGGGGUUUCUCCAUCUUUAGAAACAAAAAAGGGUAUAGAUCAGCCUGAAGUUUCAGACAAGCUUGAGGAGAGAAAGAGAACUGAUUUAUCGAAAAAUGAGUUUGAGUUGACAAAUGAACGGUUUCUUGUUCCAGAAAUGAUCUUCCACCCUGCAGAUUUAGGGAUGAACCAGGCUGGACUGGCAGAGUGCAUAGUUCGAGCAGUGAAUUCCUGCCAUUCGCUUCUUCACCCUGUACUCUAUGAGAGCAUUAUAUUAACUGGUGGAAGCACAUUAUUUCCUCGAUUCUCUCAGAGGCUUGAAAUGGAGCUCUGCCCUCUUGUCCCUGAUGAGUAUCAAGUGAAGAUAACCACACAAGAAGAUCCCAUACUAGGAGUAUGGCGAGGGGGAUCGCUUUUGGCUUCAAGUCCUGAUUUUGAAGCAAUGUGUGUCACCAAGUCUGAGUACGAGGAACUUGGAUCUGCUCGGUGUCGUAAGAAAUUCUUUCAUUGAGUACUCAUAAUGCUGAAGUUUUGUGACAAUCAAACGGCAUAAAGCAAAAUGCAGCUGGUGCUAAACUUUCUUCCUACCUUACUGGUUCACAUUGGUUAUUGGCUUGCAAUGGCCUGAUCAUUAUGUUGAUCAGCUUGGUAUGGUCAAGUGUGCUAUAUCCGGGCUUCUAGAUGCUCAUACUUGGUCGGUAGGACUCUUAGUGACAAAUUUCCAUCCUGCUGAUUCCAAUUGGUGGCAAAUAUAUGGUACAAAUAAACCCCUUAUUUUCACUUCAAGGGUGUACCAUGGAAACAAGUUUGCUCAACUGCUUGUCAGACUUCUGAAACCAACCAGAUGUUACAGAUAUAUUGGAGUGCCAAGUGAUGUUGACCCAAGGUAAAAUUGUUGUUGCAUAUGAUGAAAUUCUCUGUGCCUUGAAUUUAAGAUUUGGGUUACUGUUUUUACAAUUCAUGUGGAUUUACACCAAAACUUCCAGUGGAGAUCCAAGUACCCCAUGAUUAUUCUUUUUGAAUUGUUAAUUGAUAUUGAAUCAUGAGCUCUUUAAUGUGGUCC